AUGCAGGAUGCUGCAGGCCAGGCUCUCAACUUCGAGGAACGCUUGCAUGCAUCGCUCGUGUCUUCUGCAACAGAACAUGGAAGGAACCUUACAGACCUCGGCAUUCGCUUUGCUGUCAAUCAAAGAGCUGGUUUCUUCAUUGGUAAGCAGUUUAUGCUGAAAUCCCCAUGCGUUCGAAACAUUGAAGCUUUCAAGAAGUUACGUGGUUUCUUGGACCCAUUUCGGGCAUACGCAAGGAAACACUUGAAAGGAGCUAAGAUAUUUUCGCGGUAUAGCCUAGCCCAUCUCCAAGAAGCUUGGGAAAGGUUUCAGCAGGCAGUGGCUGAUGCGUGGGAAUUGGCAGGGUCAGAUAGCACAAAUUUUAUGCAGAAAGUCCGUGCGUCCUAUCAGGCAACGGCACCUUCACGCCAGAGGCACCUGCAAUCCUGGGAGCGGCAGCAAAUGGCCAUACAAGACAAGAACAAGUAUCGGCCUAAGAGAUUGCAAGACUGCAGCACCAAGCACCUAGAGCGUCGGGAGCAACAAGGCAUGGCCAGGGAGGACAAGAACCAGCAUCGUCCACGGGCACUGCGAGAAAGGAGCACCCGGUGUCUGGAGCACCGGGAACGCCAGCAGAUGGCUAUGAAUGACAAGAAUCGGCAUCGGCCACGGCGACUGCGGUUUUCUUUCCAGAAAUCGUUUGCUGAGAAUGUUCUGUCGAGGAAACUGUCGGCUUUGAAGUCACUGCUUGUGAGAUGGGAGCACGUGCUAACCAAACAGGCACGUUUAGCAGACAAAGAGUACUGUAAAGCGUUGCGCAUGCGCAAGUUGCAACGGAAGAAAGACUAUGAAGAGCGAAGGCGACUGGAAGUCAUCAACAGAAAGCGGAUCCGUGAGGAAGAGCAAUUGAAAAGUUUCACCCGGCCCUUCUCGCCAGACCUAAGCGUGACCAUCGCAGCCGUUCACGUCGUCGCGGCCGUGACGGCCGCGACCAUGGGGGCAAGGGACGUCACGCGCGAGGAAGGAGUCGUGGAGGUCCCGGUGGUCGUCCAAUGGGAGGUAAGGGUGGCCGACCCGGUCCACCGGAACCCCGUGGACCACGAGGAGAACCUAAGGCAGCUGCUGCUGCUGAAAUCAGCGCGCUGCGCCGCUGACCAAUGUCCCUGCUUUUUGCCCAUUGCGCCGCAGCGGUUCCGCAGCAGGAAAUGGCUGACGCAAUAGGCACCCGGCGCCGAGCAGCUCGGGUCGGUGCAACGUGGUGCAACCGGUUUUCACAGCUGCGCUAACCGCGUCGCGGAUUUGUGCGGCUGCCGUGGAGAGCGACUCAGUGAGUCUUAAACGAAAUGGGCCCUCAACGAAAAGUCAUGGUCGGUCUGAAAAU